CAUCAUGUAGCAUUUUACUGUUUUGACGUGUUCUAGUAAGCACUGCAUGUUCAUAGUUUUGUUUUUCUUUUUUAACAAUAUUUUUGCAUGGAUAAUUGAGUAGUAAUACUAAUUGCGGUGAGUGAGUUGUUGUGUGUGUGUGUGUGUAUGAUGUGUACCUCUCUCACUCCAAAACCUAGAUCUCUCUGAUUAUCGCCUGUAUAAUCGGUGUGAUUGCGUACCGUCUGGCGGUGUUUGCGGCGUUUGCCAGCAUCAUGAAGGACAGCCCCACCAAUAAGCUGGAUGUGGUGGGAACCCUCAUCACGCCGCAGUUCGCCACAUCCGUCACGGCUUCCUGCAUCAACUUUGUCAUCAUCAUGAUUCUCAACUUCCUGUAUGAGCGCGUAGCCAUAAAGAUCACUGAUAUGGAGGUUCCCAAAACCCAUGUGGAGUACGAGAACAAGCUAACGGUGAAGAUGUUCCUCUUCCAGUUUGUCAACUACUAUUCCUCUUGCUUCUACGUCGCCUUUUUCAAGGGCAAGUUUGUGGGUUACCCUGGAGACUAUGCCUACAUGUUCGGCAAGUGGAGAAAUGAAGAGGUAGACCCGAGAUCCCAUGAGCCUGAUUAAAGUUUUACAGUUUUUCCCCAUGCCAUUAUUUUACUGUUUAAACCAUU